AACUCAUUCCGUUGACAUUCUUUUUUUUCUCAUCAUCUGUCAUUUAUUACCCACAUAAACGACAACUUAUUUUGUGUUUCAAAUUAAUUUGAUUUAAUUUGAUCAAAUAAGCAUCAAUCGACAUUUCAAUCAUGUCCACUCAUUCGAAGGCUUCCUGCUCCUUUAAUGAGUCGCUUGUUUCUCCCGAUUUAUCGCCAGAUAUUCCUAUUGUAAAUGAUUCCUCGCAAUCCAUGAACCUCUUCUCCGAUUACGAGAUGUUAACUUCAUCUGAAUAUCUGCAGAGCAUUUCUCCACUUACCACUAAAUUGGUUGAGAUUGUCGGAAUCGUUCAUUUGGUCAAAGGAGCAGACACCGUCAAAUGUAAGAACGGAACAGUCAAUACCGUCUGUAAUUUCUUCGUUCACAAUAAUGAUGGUGAAACGAUCCAAUGUGUCAUGUGGGGAGAAACUAUUGAUAAGUUCAUCGAUAAGUUGUUGGUGCAGCACGUUAUUCACAUUGAUGGAGCUUUUCCGAAGCAGGUGAACGAUAAAUUCAACUCAGGGACAACGCCAUAUGAGCUGAUUAUCCAGUCCAACACCACCAUUACUGAUUUGGGAAAAUUCAAAGUUCCACUAUCUUCUCAGGUCGACAAUCCUCCUGAGAUUGUGUCUUUGGUCGAAGUUGCAAACCACAAGAAUAUCGUCGUGGUCAGAGGUUUUGUUAAAACUCCUUGGGCUAUCAUUCAGAAGCAGACUGACAGCACUGGUAACACUUGCUACGGCUCCAUGGCAUCUGAAAAAUACUUCUUAGAUGUUAAAAUUUCCGAUUACCCCCUUGAUUACGUCUGUCCUUUCACCAAAGGACAACAUAUCGAAUGCUUGGGAUCGAUCAUCAGAACAGGUAACUCGUUCUUUUUCUGCGUACAAGGACCCGAUUGCAUAACUUUGGUUGAUUCGGAAGUUGCAUCGCUCAAGGAAUUACUGCUUUGCAAGCCACUAAUGACUAUCAAUGAGGAGAGGGAUGCUACUGCGUCAUCAUCCAAGAAGAUGAAGAAAAAUCUACCACUUCUCCAGAAAUUCACAAAAAAAAAUUGAAAUAUACGCUGCAGCUCUUGGACUCAUCGAUUUACUUGUCUAACACUUUCAAUGGAUUUAUCUCCACGUUUGGAGUAAUAAAAAACUCCACGGAAAGUCUGAAAAUUAUGGAGUGUCUACGGAGAAAAGAAAAAUCAUAAGAAAAUCAAAAUUAAAAAAACAAGAAAAUAUUUUCCGAUAAUGAAAAAAAUUCCGUUCGUUGGAAACAAUAUCUGGAAUGCUAUUAUUCUAUAAUCAUUAUUAAUUUUUAGGUGUUCAAAGUAGAUUUUCAACCAUUGAUUUUUAAUAAAAAAAAACUC